CACACCACCACCACCACCACCGCCGUCAGUCCCUUUUACAUACUUGACCGUCCCCGCCCCGGGCUUGAAACAUUCCUGUGCCCUUCCACUCUUUCUCCCUUUGGUCUUGCGCUUCGCGACCUUCCUUCAUUCGAGCUCCUUGCUGCAGUACCCCUUUGCGCGGCGUCGACGCUACCAAGGGCUGCCCACGACAUCACUCGCUUACACGCCCUCCACGCACACACGCCUUGCCGACGGACGCCCAUCCACGACCCAACCACGCGACUGCCUGUCUCACGGUCUCCUCGAGCAAAGGGAAACGUCACCGCUCCAUGCCGUCGGUGGAUCCGCCGAGGGGGGCUGUCGAUUCCAUUCCGCGUCCUCAGCAGCCCAUUAACGCGCUGCAACCGGACGGCCUCUCUUAUAGACCCGACUCCGCCAUGUCUCCCUCGCCCGCCGAAACCCAACAAGCUCGUCCAGGCGUCGAGUCUCUUGCAGCUACUACCGCCGCUGCCGAUUCCACCGUUGCAGACUCGCCACGACCAGACACCGACGAGAUGCUUUCCUUGCCGCACCUCGAAGACGGGCUCGCCGCCCCUGCCCUGCCGGCCAAGAGCGCUCUGCGCGCUUCAAGGCUGCUCUCCUCGCUGCCGCAAAAGGCCGCUCCCGAAGAGAGGCCCAUGCUACCCCACGCCGCUCCUCACCAGGUCUACCUCUCGUCCGAAGAAGACGCCUCGUCCUCGGCAGACGACUUUUCCGACUUUGACGAGCUCGACUCGGACAGCGAGCAGUCCCAGCGGUCGGCCUCCUCGCGGACCAGCCACGAGGACACGGCCCGCAUCGUGACCGUCGUCUUUCACGGCCGCCCUUCCAUCGUCGAGCUCCCGCCGAGGUCCACGACACCCGCCUCGACCAGCUCGGCCAGUUCGAGCUCGCGGCGGCCGUCCACAGGCAUUGUACGCACGUCGACAGAACCGACGGCACUUUUCCGCACCCGAUCCAUUUCGUCCUCGUCCACAUUGUUACUGCAUCCGCCCAGGUCAAGCAGCAUGAAGCCCAAGACGCUGGAAAAGAAGCGGCCGACGUUUCUCACCAUUGAUCCAUUUGCGCCCAAGGUGGCCGAGGCCGAGGAGCCCGACUCGGCACGGACGCAGCCGAAAACGCCGACGGGCAUGCUGAGGAAGACGCUCAGCCUGGUCAAGAAGCGAAGCCGCCCGAUGCUCAACCAGGUAGACGGUAGUCACCGCGAGAGCCUCUCGCUGCAACUCUCGCCGAUGGCGCAGCUGGGCGAAGAGGAGGUGGCGCUGUCGCCGCGCGAGGCGUCGCCCAGCCCCAGAAGUCAAGCGCCUACCAGUUACCAGGACAUCAUGCGGGGCGCCAAGAGGAACGCAGAGGCCACCCCGAGGACCGAGAGCACAACGCCAUCAUCGCCCAGCACGCACAGGAGCCGAUUUCGAAGCGGGCUGUCCAUGAGCCGACCGCGAAGCAUCAGAGCGUGACCGCGUCGCGGCGGCGCCACCUACGACAUGGGAGCACGUCCUCACUUCUACACGCGUAUUGUUUUUCUUUGGGCAUAACAGCACCGGCGGCUUCUUAAUGAGCAUGGACUCUCUACAAUCACGGCCGGUUCUGGGCUAGCGGCGCAGGCACGGGCACGGACACCGGGUUUGGGGGGCUUCCCGGGGGGAAUCAUUGGGACUACACGGCGUUCAACAUGGCAAUGGGGCAUUUUAUCUUAUUUUAUUUUGGGAGUCAUCAGGCCACCGGCCUUGAGGGGCGUUGUGUGUGGCACUUCUUUGGGAAACGGCGUCGGGAGCAGGCGGGCACGGCCGAACAGAUUGUUCAUAGCAGCCACGAUACCAAGACACGUUUUGUUCAUUUCCACACACACACAAACAUUCGACCAUUUGCGUGGUACAAGGUGCAGCGCCGUGCAUGUAGUAGUAGAUGACCCCGGUGACCUGGCUUGCCGGGGAUGUUUGGUGGGGGAGCGUUGGGCGGUGUCGGCGGCCGCGGCUGGCGAGCCGUGAAACAUGGUCAUCUCGGCACACCCUGUCGACGAACACUUGACGGCCAUGACUGAGGCGUCGGGACACUGCGUGCAUAUUUUGUUGUGCGACGCACUGAGACGCACAUGACGCCAGGCCCAUGCAAAGGAGGAGGAGGAGGACGACGACGGAACAUGCCUGUCUCUGACUGGUUUUUUUUUCUCAGUGUCUUUUGGUCGCGAGCACGCGCGAUUUAUUUUCCUCUCGGUUCCUUCCACGUACAAGUGUAGUAACUUGGUGGAUCGACCGAGACAGAGAGUACUGUACGAGGUACUGCGCCUACAACGAGUGAGUGCCGAGCGUGGACAAUACGGUCGGGCAUGCGUGGUUUAUUCGCGGCGGGCACUGGCUGCGUGUUGAUUGACUGACUGAUUGAUUGAUGGAUGAAUUGAUUGAUUGAUUGCCUUGCUGGCCGGGUUGUUGGGCUUGCGGCUUGGGUUGGGUUAGGUUGGAGAGUGAGUGAGUGAGUGAGUGAGUGGGCGGGCGCUUUAUUUGGUGCCUGUGGCGCGCGCUUGUCGGCAUCGAGUUGAUUGACAGCUGUCUGGGGUACAUGCAUGCAUGGAGAUACGUACUGUACUCAUCUCUACAUGCAUGCACGCACGCACGCACGCACGCUGCGAGAGGGGAGUACAUGGGGAAGGGGAGCCCGCACAAUGCCUGUGGGUCCCUCGCAGUAAGUACUAAAGUAGUACUGUGUGUUAUGGAGUGCGGUGCGGUGAGGUGGUCAACGCGCGGCGGGCGGUGGUGGUCUUUGCGCACGCGCGUGUGUGUAUGUGGGUGUUGUGUGGUGGUGGGGAGGGUGAUGACGGACGGU